AUGGACUUGAACGACGAUGAUAAUGUCGUACAGCCGCAUGAUGCGCGGAUCAUACGCCUUCCCAAUGAUCCAUCAAUGGUGGCAGUGCAUGAGCUUUACAAGACUUCGGUGAAUACCCUGCGCCUUCAGAGUGAACAGAAUCGGGAGGUCUUCCCCGAGGCCUUCAUAGAAGGUUCGUUGGAUACUUUGGCCAACCUGUGCGUGAAGGCGUUGGCCAAACGGGGUAUCAGGAACGCUCCACAAAUUGUGGCGGAGAGACCAGAAUUGAUGCGAGUUCUUUACGAUGCACUGGACGUGGAAUUGCCGCUGAGUGAUUGCUACUUUAUCGAUGACCAGCGCUACUGGCAACGUGUUGUGUUCGCCAAGUGCCCAGACAAGAAGCUGCGCAGGAAGAGCUGGCACGAGUACGAUUGGAGAGCCAAAGGUCUGAGUCUCAAGUACGUGGAGCUGGUGGAGAGCUGCCCAGCAGCGUUCUGGCCAGAGACGCAGAUGGCCGAGCUGGCUGCUUUGAUCCAAGAAUAUGUGACAGCCAUACACAUAAAGAGACUGCAGGCGCUGCCGGACACGGUGUUCGCCAAGUACGAUCUGAGCGAGGGGGAAAUAGAUGUUUCCUCGGAGUCCUCAGAGGAGGAACCUAUAUCCAGCGACGAACCUGAUACGGAUGAGGAUAUGGGCGAGGACGAGGGUGAAGAGGAGGAAGAAGUCCUGGAGAAGCCUGUGCGAAAGCCCGUUGUCCGUGCAAGUGAAACUGAGCCAAAGAAGGACUCCUCUGCAGUCUUGGAGAAACCUGUCUUACAGCAGACCCCCCGUACAAGUGAAACUGAGCACAAGACAGACUCCUCUGUUGCAAUUGAUUCUAAGAGAAAGACGGCCUUUUUGGGAAACAUAAAACCAGCAUCAUCAGCAUCGCCGUCAACAUCUCAGGAGAGCUUUGACGAGACUGCAGAGCGGCGCAAAGCGCGUCAUUUCCGCAACGCAGCACGCCAACAGCUGCGGGAUUUGGCUGCCGAGAAAUAUGCCAAACACCUAGAGCGUCGCCUUAAAAGAGAGAAGAUGCUAGAAGAGUUCAGGCGCACAGUUGAGCAAACAAAGAAAAAGAAAAAAAAAAAGGCAAUAAAGGGUGUCUUCGACAUUCCCGUCGAGCCGGAGCCAUCCGAUCACGAAGACCAAAAAACCGACAUGCGCAACAGGGGACUGUUGUUGCGCCACCAUAAGCGAUUCAACUAUCCCACGGAGCUGUGUCACCACAUUGAUCUGGGCUUUGUGCGCUUCUUUGAGAACCUGACCUCGUUCACAUUGGAGUUCCUGGGCACACCGGACACCAAUCACGAACAUUUUAAGAGUUACCAAUUGAAAUUCUCAUACGACGACAUGACGCACCUGGCCAAGGGUUUGUUGCACCUAAAGCAGCUCCAGAUCUUUCGACUGCGCAACAGUCUCAUGGACAGCAAACAUCUAGGCAUUCUGGCUCGUGCUCUUCGGUUCAUGGACUCGCUGGAAGAGAUCGACUUCGGGUACGACCAAAUGCAGGAUGACUGCAGUAAUGCCCUGCAAAUAAUGAUGGAUCGCACAACGAUGUUCAAGACAUUACAGCUGGAAUACAACCGUCUUGGCGUGGAUAGCAUGGAUGUGAUCGGCAUGGCUCUGGCGCAUCACAAAGUUGAAGAUGAUUUCCUGGAGUACCUAGGGCUGGCCCACAAUCCCCUCUGCGACAAUGCCCUGGGAAAACUCUUUCACUGGAUCCAUGGCACCGGCCACGUGCAUUCCCUCAACAUUAAUGGCAUAGAUGGGAGAACAAGCAUGGCGUCUAUUGGUAGAGUCAUUGGGAUCCUGCUGCGUAGCCAUAAUCCUCUGCGUCGCCUGGAAAUGGCGGCGAUACCCCUUGGUCCCGCAGUAGGACUAGCCCUCAUACGAGCCCUAGAGCAAAACAGAAAGAUUCUAUAUUUCGACUGUCGCGAAUGCGAUCUAGACUCGGACCAAGAAUUCCAAGUGGACAUCAUAGUGCGACGCAACAAUUACUGGGUAAAAAACCCGCCCAUCGACGAGAUAUGUGAUCUGAUUAAAAAUCGAAAGCAUCCUUUAAUCGAAAAUGUGCAGAGCGAUUAUAGGAAAUACAAGGAGUGCCUCAUUUCUAGACCUUCAUUGCCCAGAAGCAGGAUUUCGUCCAUCAAAGAGGUGGUCGAGGAAAAGGAAGAGGAGGAGUACGACAUCUGGGCCAUACUGGGCAUAACAACCCGCCAAACUACUAGAAUAGAGAUUGAAUCCAGCGAAACCUCCGAGGUAUUAGAGGAGCCCUUCGUCUAUGAACCCAACAAAUUUAAUUUGGAUCAAUUUCGCGAACUUGUCGAUUUGCCAGGACCAUCCAAUCGUUUUUUCUAUUUUAAGAAAAACAGAAUGAAGUAA